UUAUGGUAACGGCUGCCGCCAGGCCCCGCCCACUCCCCAGGGACCGCCCCCACCCCGCCGGUGCCUCUUCGCCAUAGCAACCCGCUCCGGUGCGGACGGGCGGGAGGGUGGCCCAAUCACGGCGCGGCUGCUGCGGUCCUAUUGGUCUUAGCGCGUCGCCGGGGUGGGGCGCGUUGGGGAUUGAAGUCGGCGACGGGCCAAUGGAGAGGGGGGUGCCGGCCUCGAGCCGCCGGGUUCCCCAAUGAGAGGCGCGGGCGGCGGAGGGCUGGCCAAUGGGCGCGCGGCGUGGGCGGGCCGUCGGCGGAGGGCCGGGGCGCUCCGGAAGCUGAGGGGGCCGGGGGAAAAUGGCGCCCAGCUCGAAAUCGGAGCGGGGCGGCCCGGGGGGAAAGCGGGGCCCGGCGGGGGCGGCGGGCGGGUCCUCGGCCGGGUCGGGCCCGCGGGGGCGCCGCGAACACGUCGUGAGGCAGCUCGACCGCGUCAAGAUCAGCGGGCAGCUCUCGCCCCGGCUCUUCCGCAAGCUGCCGCCGCGGGUCUGCGUCUCCCUGAAGAGCAUCGUGGACGAGGACUUUCUGUGCGCGGGGCACAUCUUCCUCGGGUUCUCCAAGUGCGGCCGCUACGUCCUGUCCUACACCAGCAACAGUGGUGACGACGACUUUUCCUUCUACAUCUACCAUCUCUACUGGUGGGAGUUCAACGUCCACAGCAAGCUCAAACUGGUGCGGCAGGUUCGGCUCUUCCAGGACGAGGAGAUCUACAGCGACCUGUACCUGACGGUCUGCGAGUGGCCCAGUGACUCCUCCAAAGUCAUCGUCUUCGGCUUCAACACCCGCUCCGCCAACGGCCUCCUCGUCAACAUGAUGAUGAUGAGCGACGAGAACCACCGCGACAUUUACAUCAGCACCGUAGCCAUGCCGCCACCCCGACACUGCCCCGGCUGCCGGGACAUGGCCCUCGCCCACCCCGGCGACCGGCAGGCGCACUGCCUGCGGCACGGCUUCAUGCUGCACACCAAGUACCAGGUGGUGUACCCCUUCCCCACCUUCCAGCCCGCCUUCCAGCUCAAGAAGGACCAGGUCGUGCUGCUCAACACCAGCUACUCCCUGGUGGCCUGCGCCGUCGCCGUCCACGCCGCAGGCGACAGCAGCUCUUGCCAAAUCCUCUACGAGCGCCGGAGCCCGCCGGCGCCCUGUCGCCGGGCGGGAUGCGUCCCACCGCGGCCGGAGGAGCCGGGGGAGCGGGAAGGGUCCGGGACGCCGGCGCAGCCCCUCGCCGGUCGGGCGGCGUCGGGGGACGGGCAGGGCCGGGCGGGCGCGGGGCUCUCCCCCGCCGUGGCCAAAGCCAAAGAGUUCGUGGCCGACAUCUUCCGACGUGCCAAGGAGGCCACGGCGCCGGCCGGCGGGGGGGGGCGAGGAGGAAGAGGAAGGACGAGGACGAGGAAGGCGGCGGCGCCGCCGCCGCCACCGGCUUCGAGUGCCGCCCCCCACCCCUCCCCGCCGCUGCCCCCCCCCUGCUCGGGGCCAGCUGGCUCGGGGCGCUGCCGCCUGCACCCCGCCUCCCCCCGGGGGCGGCAGCCCCCCGGGCGAGCCCCCCCCCGCCCCCGGCCCCCCCUGCACCCCCCCCCGCGCCCCCCCCCCGAGCCCGGCUACGUCAACUACACCAAACUGCGCUACGUGCUGGAGCCCGGCGAGCCCGCCGUGCCCGAGGAGGAAUACGAGGACGACAAGAUCUCGCUGCCCUUUGUUGUCACGGACCUGCGCGGGCGCAGCCUGAAGCCGCUGAAGGAGCGGGCCACGGCGCAGGGGCAGUACCUGACGGUGGAGCAACUGACGCUGGACUUCGAAUACGUCAUUAACGAGGUGAUCCGUAACGACGCCGCCUGGUCCCGCCAGUUCUGCUCCUUCAGCGACUACGACAUCGUCAUCCUCGAGGUGUGCCCCGAGACCAACCAGGUCGUCAUCAACAUCGGGCUGCUGCUCCUGGCCUUCCCCUCGCCUGAUGAGGAAGGACAGCUUCGACCAAAGACCUACCACACCAGCCUGAAGGUCGCCUGGGACCUCAACACCGGCACCUUCGUCACCGUCAGCGUGGGGGACCUCACCGAGGUCAAGGGACAGACGAGCGGCAGCGUCUGGAGCUCGUACCGCAAGGGCUGCGUGGACACGGUGAUGAAGUGGCUCGUCCCCGAGAGCAGCGGCCGCUACGUCAACAGGAUGACGAACGAGGCGCUGCACAAAGGCUGCUCCCUGAAGGUGCUGGCAGACAACGAGCGCUACACCUGGAUCGUGCUGUAGGGCCCCCCGGGGCAGGGCGGGGGGGUUGGUGUUCCCCCCCCACCCCGUUUUUGGGCCGUUUGCGGUUUUUUUUGGGGUUUUUUUUUUUUUUUUUCUCUCCUUUUUCUGUUCAGUGUUUCAACGCGGGGGGGAAGGCAGGGCACCCCCAAGGAGGCUGGACCCCCCCCUCCCCCCCAGCCCCCCUUCCUAAUAAAUAUUCCCAUUUCCAC